CUUCUCUCCCUCGGCCCCGCCGCCCCCCUUCGCUAGCUCCCCCCUCGCCUCCUCCCCCAGUAUAUCCCCUGCUAGCCGCACUCCUUCGCGUCCAAAACCCAGACGCACACGCGCGCGCAACGGCAGCAUCCAUCGAUCCCCGCAAGCCUUCCGCAAUGGCGCAUCAGCAUCAGCAGCACGGAUCCAAAGUUGCUGGAGGCGGCGGCGGAGGGGGGCGGCGGAGGGAGGAGGAGGGGGAUCAGGAGGCGUGGGCGUGGCGGGCGGUGGCGGCGGGGGUGGCGGCGGUGGGGAUGGCGGGGGCAGGGGUGCUGGUGUGGUGGGCGCUGGCGUUCCACCCGGCGCGGGAGCAGCUGUGGAUGGUGCCCGUGGGGCUCGUCCUGCUCGGCACGCCGCUCCUCGCGUGGCUCUCCCUCUUCGCCUCCGGCGCUUGCCUCCGCCUCCGCCACGCCGACGUCGACGCCCGCCACCAGCAGCAGACGACGCCUUUGCCCUUCGUGGCCGACACGCGAUGAUUCGAUUAUUAUUCCCAUCCAUCCCAGGCACUCACACGAGUGAAUGAAUGCGCGCGUAUCGGCCCGAUAUUCUUGUGCUUCUUCUGUACAUUCUGUUUCUUUGAGCUCUUGUGUUGCUUGAUUUGAUCUUUCAUUGUCGUUUGAGAUGAUCGCUUGAUCGGAUUGUGGUGAUCCGAGCAGAUCGAAUGAAUGUGCAGUACAGAAAAUGGUCACUGGUGCCCCCAGGUUAGUAGUACGAGCAGUCAUUAAUUAUCCGAUUUGGAUAGAUACGUGGUGAAUUCUCCUUCGCAUCAUCGCACGGAUCAAUGGAUGGGACUGACAGCGAUCUGCACUCGGGAAAAAGAAAAAGAAAAGGGAUUGCAAGUAGGUAGUCCUGACUUCUGAGUGCUGGCUGCAACAAAUCUAUACGAUUCGACGAUGAACUAUAUAAAGAUGGGACUUGACGGC